UACAACCUGUCCCGACUCCAGCCGCCUCUUCAGCUCGCCAUGGAUCCCAACUGCUUCUGUGCCGCCGGUGACUCCUGCACCUGCGCCGGCUCCUGCAAGUGCAAAGAGUGCAAAUGCACCUCCUGCAAGAAAAGCUGCUGCUCCUGCUGUCCUGUGGGCUGUGCCAAGUGUGCCCAGGGCUGCAUCUGCAAAGGGGCGUCGGACAAGUGCAACUGCUGUGCCUGAUGCUGGGACAGCCCUGCUCCCAGAUGUAAAUAACGCGACCUCUACAAACUUGGAUUUUUUAUGUACAACCCUGAC